AUGCGGACGUAUAUCAUACUUACCUGCGUUGUCGUUUUCGCAGAUUUCGCAUACUCGCAAGCAACCAUACUAAACCGUGAAGAAGGGGAAAGUUUCAAAGCAAUUGUCUUAACAUUCACGAAUCAAGUAAGAGAAUGUUAUUUAGUUACACCGAAGCGAGAGACAGUAGAAUUUAAGCCCAAUAAUGGAUCCAACGAAAAGUAUACACUCUUGGAGGACACAGAAAAUUUCUCCCAAUGCCAGGUGACCAUAAAUAACUUGGACUCAGAUGAUACUGGCUUGUGGAAGCUGUAUGCCCUUUAUGGACAGAAUUCAAAUGAUUCACAGGAAUACGACGUCAGUGUAAGAAAGCCUUUCGAAGUAGAACCAGAGUACCUAGAACAACAGACUUUUACGACUUAUCUCGGCGGUUCUAAGUCUUUCGCCAUCGAAACUUUCGCGGCCAUAACCUCAGAAUCAUGUGACAUCAUAACACCUAAUGGAGACAAAUACGACUUGAAGAAUGAAACGGCCCUGAUUCCUGGCAUUUAUUUGCAAUCAAGCGCAGAUAGAAUGUGCGGUGUCAGGAUCGAUGUUGUCUCCGAAGAUUUCGCUGGGAACUGGACAUUAAUUGAAAAAGGCUAUAGAUACAGCACACCCAUCGAACGGAGAUUGCCGAUAAUAAUCUAUAUGGAAGGUACAGCAGAAGCUUCGCCUAGCCUCGUGACAGUCGCUGAAGGGAACAAUUUCCACAUCAGUCUGACAAAUGCUACAUCUGAGCCAGAUACCUGUAAAUUGAUCAAGCCAGACGGUGAAGAGUACCGAGCUGAUGUGAACGAAACGAUGUCCAACACCUGCCCUUUUAAUGUGUUCAACGUAACAUCUAAGGACAAUGGAACCUGGACGAUUGUUUAUGGAAGCAGAAUCACUUACAGAGCGCCGGUUCAAGUGGUUGUUGUAGGUACACCCGGAACAGCCACAGUGGAGCAGUCAGUGUGGACUCUGGACCGUCCACUUCAAUUAACAAUCGGCCCCGAAAACGCUAUUUACUGUAAAGUUUUUGAACCAUAUGGAAGAGCUUUUAAUGAGGGUUUUGGAAGAUGCAACAUCAGCAUAGAAAAGGUUACAUCAGAUCAUGCUGGCGUCUGGGAACUGUAUGUUGGCAUUCACGGCAGUGUUGUACCUCAAGUCAUUUUGCUCAACGUGAAUGUUAUUGAGGCUGACCCUAAACCAACGGUAACAACAAGCGUACAAGUGAAUAGGCCAACAGUAGCGAUUUCUUGUUCUGUGCAAAGUGACCUAUUUAUAAAAGCUUGCAAGUUCCGAGAUCCGUCUGGCAAAAUCCUCCUCGCUCACGAUGGAGUUAGCCAGACCAGAUACAAUAACCAUGGAUUUACAUCUAGUUACCAAGGAGUCGCCCAAAAUCAUACAUGCGGUAUUACUAUCACGGAACCCACAGUCGCAGACGUCGGAUUAUGGAGAUGUGGGGUUGAGACUGAAGACAAGGUUCUUUAUGGACAUUUGUCUGUUAGAUGCCCUUGGCUUGUGACAGAUCCUGAGGUCGCAGCAACCGUUAUAACCGAGCCGACUCUGUCUGCUGUUCGUUCAGUGCACGCUUUAGUCGACGAAAGCGUUACGCUGUCCUGUUCAAUACAAGCUGCCAUUCGCUACUGCUACUUCAGGGUCAGAAACGGCACCAUAUUCCACGUUUCACCUGAUAAGUCAAACUACGUCGGCGCUGGGUUUGACGCUGGCGAGUGUGGUAUUCGAUUCCCUGGACUAGCGACGACUGACAGCGGUGCGUGGAGUUGCCACGUAGGACUAAAUGAUGUUAAAGCCCCGGAACAAAGACGCUCUAUCACAGUUAAAGUAGAAGAACCGCUAACAGUACGGCAGCGCGGUAGGAGACACAACAUUAGAAUCGAAGCGCAAGUAUACAAUCGAAGAAAAAUUGACUACUGUGUCUUUGUCAGAAUUGAUGGACUUGGUUUCACCAUCGACAAUGCCCCACGGGGUUACCACUGCUUCGUUUACCCAUCAAACGGUUAUUGUGAACUUCGCAUCACUAAUCCGUCCACACUGGACCUCCAACCCUGGACAGUUCUUGCCAAGAUUAGUGGACAGGAUAAGGAGGUCACUGGAGUCACCGAUAUCGCUUCGAGGGGAGCAGAUGUCAGUUCAGGUUUCCGUUUCCCCACAAUGUGGGUGGUAGUGAUGGUUGUGGGCAUAUCCCUGAUCCUGGUUGGAGUCGCGGUUGGACCUUACAAGAACCGCAAGUGGGUGGCAUCUCGCGCCAGCGUGGUGCGUCAAAGCUUUAGAAACAGCUUCAGAAAAGCGCCGCCAACUGUUAAUACUGCUGUGGCUGCUUAA